AUGUAAGUAAUCCCAACAGAGCAAUUUGCAGGAACGUUAAAUCAUACUUUUAAGGAACUUAUUAGAAGAUAACUGCAUUCCACUAAAGAAUUUGAUGAUCUCAGUGCUGAAUUUUAGAGACAUACUGAUAAAAUGAAGAUAACUUAAACUUAUUAACCAAUCAUAGAUAUAUUUACAUAAAUUAACAAAUGGAUAAUAGAUAGAUUAGAAAAAGGAUUAUAUUUUACUGAUUCAAUCAUAUCUCAAAAAAAGAGUUAUGAUACUAUUACGUAAUAAGAAAGAAGUGUUUGUUUAGAAAUCUGUAAAUUAGAUUUAAAUCGCUUAAAUAGUGUAAAACAGUGUUUCUUUCAUUAUUAAUAAUAGUAAUUUAUAGAUAAUAUUUAAUAGUCUAAAAAAGGAAUGGCAAAGAGACUUUGUUGAAUAUUAAUUAUUGUAUUUAACAUGUCAAGAAUAUUAAUUAGAUUAUCCUUAAUUAUUAGCUGCAAUAUAGAAAUUAGAGGAUAAGAAUAAUUUAUUAUUAGAUCUUUUUAAAUCACAUAACAAAGAAAGAGGUUUCCUCUAUUAAUUUUAUUUAAAAUAUGCAAAAUUAAGAGUGCAGUAUUUUGAAGCUACAAAAUACAAUGGCGAAUAAUUAAGGAAAAUGGCUGUAAUAAUUCAAAGAAAUAGUAAUGGUGUGGUUAACAUGAUUUAAAAUGAUUAAACUCUUUAGCAUGAGUAACUUUUAUUAGAAUUGUAAAAGUCAAUUAAUUUUCAUGUUGAAAUUCAUUAAGAAAUUUUAGAUAUCUUAAAUUAGCUUAUUAAAUUUGCAGAAUAAUCAAAUGAUAGUUUAAAAUCUAAAUAUACAAAAUAUAUGUAGUUAGUUUUGGAAAUGCAAUCAACCUCAAAUUAAUCUCAUUAUCAUGAUUGUAAUAUUAAAAUAAAAAUAGUUCCAUAGAUUUAAUGCAAUAAAUGAGUCUAACUUUAUCAGGAAUGGUACAAUCCAAUAUUGUUAGAGAUAGAUGCUUUAAUAAUUUUAUCGUUGAUUUAAGCGAACUCAUUUAUUUUAGAAUAAACAAUUUGAAUUGCAAAGCAAAUGAAAACUUAAAAGAAGCUGUAUAAUAAUAUAAUAAAAGUAAUUAUAAUAUCAUUUACUAAAGAUUAAUAAGUUCAUCAUUAAAUAAGAGGAGAGUAAUAAUGGAAUGAUAUGUUAAUGAAGUAAAAGGAAACUUAUGAAAAAUAAAUGAAAGAAUAUUCAAAUGUUUUAUAAUUUAGAAAGUAGAGUUAUUUAAAGGAUUAAAGCAGAUUUUGCAAUAACCCUAAAGUUAUUAAUUUGUCCUCUUUAGAUUUACCAUUAACAGCCAAAGAAUUUUUCAAAUUGUUUCUUAGCAGUGAUGAAUAAAACUUUUUUGCUUAAUUCAAAACUAAUGUAAUGAAAGAAAUUUAAGUCAAAUACACAUAAUAUGAACCUGCUCCACCAAGUUUCUUUCUCCAUGAAGAAAAUUAUGAUAUUAAAGAGUUGAUUGAUUAAUGUUGUGCUAGCAAAAGAGUUAUUACUUACAAAUAACCUAACCGAGAUAAAUUAAAAUUAUUUGGUCCAGAAUUUGUUAAUUGCAAAUGCGAAUAAUUUGUUUAUUUUAUUAGUGAUGCUGAAAUUAUGGUUGAACAAGAGGUUUUCACUGAUGCAAAUCAAUAUUGCUCUCUCAGAAAAUAUUUACAUAUUAUUCAAACUAAUAAUAACGAAUGCACUCUUCAGUAAAUUAUCUUUAUUUAUCUAUUUAGUUAUGGUUAUUACAAACAUGAACUCAAGUUUAAUGUAUUUGGAAUACUAGAUAUAUUUUCCAAUUAAGAAGAAAAGGAUAUUUAUGAAUAAUAAUUAUAACCUGCCAUGGUGAAAUGUGUCUAAUAAUAUUUACAAAACAAGGAAACUCUUAAAGAAGAGAGGAAAAAACAAUUUAUUCUCAAUAACAAUAUAGAUUAUAUGCUUAAUUAAUAAAGUGAAAUCAAUCCAUAACCAUUUUAACCCAAUAUCCCAUUUAUCAAAUAAGCUAAUUAAUUAGCAUCCAAUAAAUGGACUAUGGCCAAUAUGUUAAGUUAGGAAAGUCUUAUGAAAUUAAUAUUUUUGUUACUCCUCUUGAAUUUUUUCAAACCCUAAGCAGUUUGA